AUGACAGAUUCCAGCGAGCCCGUCCACUUUUUCGAUCUGACAUGCGACCUUGAAGGAGCGCGCAAGUCAUGGUCACCCAACACCCUCAAAACACGCGCCGUCCUGAAUUUCAAGGGAAUCAAAUACACCCAGUCAUGGGUUUCGUAUCCUGACAUUGCGCCUCUGUCAGAGCGCCUGGAGAUGAAACCGACAGGCACCACCAUCAAAUAUACGCUUCCAGCUAUUGCGCACAAAGCUUCGAUCACGGAGAACGCUCAUGGCGCUCUAAAUGAUUCUCUUCCAAUUGCGAAUCAUUUAGAAAAGACUUUUCCUGCACCGCAAUACCCUUCGAUCUUCCCCAAUGGACAAGCAAGUUACGCGCUCGCACACGCCACUGAGGAGCUUCUAAACCCCGCCAUUGCUAAGACUUUCGUCAUCGUUCUCCCCAAAGUCCAUGCGAUGCUUGAUAAAAGGGGGCAAGAGUAUUUCCACGAAACGCGCGUACCAAACAUGAGAAGAAGAUACCCGGAUCUUAAUAAUUUGUCGGAGAUAUUGCCCAAAACCGACGAGGAAUACGAAGAUAUCUGGGCAGAGGCACAGAAGAAGCUCGAGAUCUUCACCACCAUGUUGACAGAGAGUGGAAGGAACCCUGGUCCGUUCCUAGAAGGCGAGAAACCAGGCUACGCAGAUUUCAUUCUCGCUUCGUGGCUGGCAUGGCAUGAAAGGUCUUGUCUAAAGACGUUCGAUGCCCUGCUGAAAACAGGAGACGGCUCUCUUCGCAAGCAUUGGGAAGCAUGUCUACCAUAUUUAGAAGGCCAGGGCGAGACCAAGGACUGGCCUAUUUCCAAGAUUUAA